UUUAAGAAUCGAUUAAAGCCUGCUCCAUUCGAUUUAUCAAAGACCCAAAGCGAUCGCGAGAGGAGUCUAGCAAGGGUUUUCUUGUCCUGAUUUUCGUUUGAUAUUUAUCGGUGAUUAUUAGGGCUUUUGGUUCUUCAAAUCUGUUCGUCGUAGGGUUUGGCUUAGGAGGUUGAUUCGAGGAUUAUGGCCCCAGAAGAGGCGGAGUAUGAGAGUGAUCCCGAGGAAUUGAAGCGCUCCUUGGCUACCAGGAGAAGAGAAGCAAGCGAUGAUGAGGAUGAAGGGGUUAAGGAUGCGGAUGCGAAGCGGGGAGGAAAUCAGAGACCCGAGAUUGAUUCCGAUGAACAGAGUGGUGGUAUUCUUGAUGAUGAAGGCGAGGAAGGCUUGCACAUAGAGGGCGAUAGUUAUGAUGAAGAAGAGGAGGAUGAGGAAGAGGAUUAUGGAGACGAUUUGGAAUACAUAGCGGAUAAUGACAAUGGCAAGCCAGUGGACUCUCAGCCUAAGGGAGUGAUUGAGGACUCUGCCACAGAUGUUGUGGAACAAAAGCCCAAGGAACCUUUUGCAGUGCCAACUGCUGGAGCAUUUUACAUGCACGAUGACAGAUUUCAGGAAUUGGAUGCCGCCUCAAAUAGGCGAAUGCGUGGUGGCAGGAGGCUCUGGCAAUCUAGAGAUGAAAGAAAAUGGGGACAUGACAAAUAUGAGGAGAUGAAUACACAGGAAAAGCAAUAUGAUCGGAGGACUUCGAGAGGGCGAGUCAGAGGUCGUGGUCUUGGUAGGGGUCAGGAGCGUGGAUAUUCUCGAGGGAGCAAUUCUAAAGCGUUUACCAGCAACGGACACCAAAAUCAGUUUCCUAAGGCUGUCUCCAGAGGUAGAGGGCCCCGAAGAUAUGAGGUUGCCUUGAGAAAUGGCAAUCAAGCACCUUCUGUGCAAACCAAACAGUCCCAGAAUUCUUUUGAGAAAGUGUCACACGUGGAUUCAGGGCGUGCACCAACAGAAACAGCUAGUACAGAGACUGAUGCCAUCCAAGCCAAAAAGAAUGUAGUUGCUUCAAGCUUAAAUUCAGCUUCUCCUCCAUUCUAUCCUUCUGGAUCCUCCAAGAACUUGGCACAAAAGGAUUUACGAGCUGGCAUGGGAAGACUGCACAUUAAUGCAAACCCUACUCCCACUGGGAAGAAGUUUGGGCAUACUAAAUCCAGCCCCACGUGGGUACGCACUGCCCAACCUUCUCAGGCUACAAGUCAAGGUAGAGGUGCACCUCCUCCUGGGCAAGCGCUUUACCAGCAAUCUCUUAAUCAUGGUGACAAAGUUUCCUCGCCGAUGCAAAUCCGGGGAAUGCCAAAAGCCACCGACCAAAGCUGUACUCAACCUCCUGGUCAGGCUUUUGAUCAACAUUCGGCUGUUAUUAGUUCGCUGUCUUCUUCUCCACCGAAAACCAGCUCAUUGAAAAAUCAAUAUCUUUUUGGGGAAACAGAUUCAACCACGGAAUCAGGUGCCCUGGUUGCCAAGGGAAAAGGGUCUCUCCAGCAUAGUGGAAGGGGAUCUUUUAUGUUUGGAGGGACCCAAUUUAUGGGGCCAGCUGGGAGCAUGUCAGCUGGUCAUGGCAAUCCAAAUUUCCCUGCUUUUCUGCCUGUUAUGCAAUUCGGUGGUCAGCAUGGUGGUGUUCCAAGCUCUGGAAUGGCUCUUCCAGGAUAUGUCCAUGGAAUGGCUCUUCCAGGAUAUGUCCAACCAGAACAUGGUACAGGAAAUCCUGAGAUGACAUGGUUGCCUAUUUUGACUGGCCCGGGAGCAUUAGGGGCUUCGUAUUCACCUUAUGCCGCCAUCGAUGGUUCAUACCAAGCACACAAACCAGGGUUACCUUCCUCUGCGGGAUCCUCCAGCCAAGAAAACAGUUCGAGUAACCCUAAUGAUGAAGAGAAACCAGUGGAGAGACUUGAGGUUACAAACAAUGGAAAUUCACAACGGUUGAACAGCAACCGAAACAAGCAGCCUCGUAGAUACUCGGAGAUGAGCUUAAGCAAGUGAAUGCACUUGUAAAUGAAGGUCCUCUUGAAUGAUGCUUCUCCAAGCUGCUUUACGGAGCACUUUGGGCUGCUAUUGUUGCCCGUUUUUAAUAGGAGGUAGGUGUUGUGCCUUUGUGAGCUUGAGCUGUGGCUUCCUUCAUCUGUGUAAUCUUUUUUUUUUUUGGUCCUUUUUGCUUCCUCUUUUUGUAAUGUUUGUGAUUUACUUUUGAGUUUCCAUCCUCCUAUCUCUAAUUAAAGGUUUUGUACCCGAAAGUCCCAACUUCACAAUUUGCCCA